AUGCACGACCUCCAUUGUGGACCUUCACAUCAAAGUGACUGUCGCGACUCCACAGUGGCGAGUUCCGUCGUCGUUGUGAACGGAGAAAUGGAUACUGUUGGAAUAUUGGUAUGCUACAAUGGAAGUUGGGUUCGGAAGGAUAACAUUGACAGUUAUGAAGGUGGGGAGGCUAAAGGCAUAAUAGUGUCACAGAACAUAACGUUUCCCGACCUUGUUCAGCUUCCUCUAUCCUCAUCUGUCUAUAAGCACAUAAGGGUUGAAGACAAUGAUGAUGUUCAAUAUUUUGUAAAGUACAACACAGAUGUUAUGGCCUCUAAAGUAACCCCUUUAAUAGCAAGCUUGAAAAAUAUAGAAGGUCAUGGUAUUGAAGGGUGCAAUGGCAAUGUAAGCAUUGAGAGUAGCAAUGCUCCUGCUAAAUUUGGUGUGGAACAUAGAAAUGAGGUCAUUGGGGACAACGAAACUGAAAAUGGUGGAAAUGGAUUGAAUUGGACAGAUUGGGUUGAAGAUGUUAAUUUUGAAAGUGUGGAAAACAUAGUUGCUGAUUUCUGUGAACCUAGCAACGAAGAGGAACCGUACUCUGCGCCAAAUAUGCAUCGUCAUGGGGACAACAAUUUCGAACCCUCCACUGUGCAUUGUAGAUAG